CAACUUCAACGCAGCACAUUUUCAACAAGACAUUUACUUUUAUUAGGAUUUAGGAAGAAGUUUAAGCCAAUAAAAUGGCUGCAAGGAAAAUUUUCCGCAGGUGAAAAUGUUGUCGUAAAU